GCUUCUUCGUCUGACAUCCUCACCGCUACCGCUGCUGAUCCUCCUCGCAAUUCUACUGGGCUGACUGACGCUGUACAAUGGGACAACUAUACAUUGUUUCUCAAUGACCAGAGGAUCUUCUUGUACUCGCGAGAAUUUCAUACUUUCCGUCUUCCCGUUCCCGACCUCUGGCUGGAUAUUUUCCAGAAGAUGGUUGCAGCUGGUUUCAAUGGUGUUAGCAUUUACGUUCAUUAGGGCUUAUCAAAUCCCGCUCCUGGUGUACUUGACUUCAAUGACUGGCGUGCUCUACAGCCUGUCUUCGACGCUGCGAAAUUUAUCUUCAUCGUCCUUCGCCCAGUUCAUUCCGAUGCUUAGCGACGAAUUGAACUUCCUCUUUACUUAUACACAUGCUUUAACAGGUCCAUACGUCAGUAUUCCACAGAAAUCCUCUGAUGCUGUCUACACUUUCCCUGAAGGGUCAGUCCACCCAGGACAAGACAAUGUCAUCACAAUUGAUAACAUGGGUGAUGACGAAGACGAUAGUGAAAAAUCACCACGUGGAAUUACUGGCUUCAAGUUGAAUAAUAGAACCUUUUCGACGUGGAAAGUUCAGGGUAAAUUUGGCGGAUACCUUGAGUCAGGGUACCCUGAUAAAGUUCGUGGCGUACUAAACGAAGGGGGACUCUUCGAAAAAGCUGGUGUUGGUUUUUUUGUCACGACCUUUGAUCUCUUCCUUCCCCAAAGAGAAGACAUCUUUGUCUCCUUUCAAUUUGACGAGACAAAACAACCCUACCGUGCCAUACUGUUCGUCAAUGGGUGGCAUUUCGGCAAGCGCAUCGCAAACGCGGGGCCACGAAUGAAAUUUCCCGUUCCCCAAGGCAUUCUAAAUUACACUGGUAGAAACACCGUGGCAGUUGUGCUGUUAGCUUUGGAAGACACUGUGGUCCCAUUUCAGUCAACAACCCACCUUGGCGAUGUCGGUUUUCCACCUGAUGACGAUCCUGCCGACUUGUUGGGACAGUUAAAUCCGUAGUGGAAUUUUUGGUCGUCGAAAAUAUGAUGUAUGAGCCGCUAAUCGGCCGUGUUGGCUGUCAACGUACAUGUACCUUAUGCCAAGACAGAUCCAAAAAUUGAACACUUUGGGAUCGAACUCUCGACCUAAUGCAGACGACGAAAGCCCACCUGGCGGCCCAUGCGCACUACCACUGCGCCAGAGUUCUGUACUUAAGCAUCUUUCUUUUAAUUAUCAAG